AUGCUUACGACAACUCAACAACACCAAUUCUACAGACCGCUUGACAACGAUAUUACCUAUGACAUCAAAGAACGGGUACAGGUCAAAGUUAAACGCAUGCUUCGUGACAAAAUCCUUGACGACAACACUAAACGUUUCUUGAUACAGUCUAACUCCAAACACGGACGUUUCUACAUUUUACCCAAAAUACAUAACCCUGGCCGCCCCAUUGUUUCCAUCAACAGCAAUCCUUCUGAACGCAUUUCACAAUUUGUAGACCACCAUCUCAAAAUACAUUCGACACAUAAAAGGUACUUUGUUAACAAACUGAAACAUCUUAGGCAGCUACCCGAAAACGCUUUUCUUGUCACGCUAGACGUGUCAUCUCUUUGCACUAACAUUACUCAUAACGAGGGCAUACGAGGUAGGAAGUUUUCAUGCAUUGUUAUAUUUUUUUUAAUGCCCCAAAUAACCAUCGAUAAAUUUUCCAUACAAACUCUUAUAAUAUUUCUGUUACGCAACUCACUCAUGAGCUUGGGGUACCUGUGAAUACACGCGACCGCAACGCUUCAUCCAUCAGUACUGAAACACUUUGUGACCUCAUACGCAUGAUUCUCACUAUGAACAACUUCUCUUUCAGUGACAAACAUUACUUACAGACACAUGGUACCGCUAUGGGGACAAGGAUGGCUCCUUCAUACGCCAACCUUUUUCUCGCCAAAUUCGAGACGUACGCCUUAUCACGUGCCUCUUUCCAACCCUUCAUAUGGUGGCGUUACAUAGACAACACCUUCGUGAUAUGGACACGAUCAGCACAGGAUCUUAACACAGUCACUUCCUUUCUCAAUGACAUUCACCCCACAUAAAGUUCACAUGCGACUAUUCCUUCACAUCCAUCCCCUUUCUCGAUGUCAACGUCUCACUUCACAAUGGCAAAAUCGUUACUGACUUUUUCACCAAACCUACAGACAAAGACCAAUGCUUACUGCAUUCGUCAUGUCAUUCCAUACACAACAAACGUGCUAUUCCUUUCAGUCUACCUCUUAGACUCCGCCGCAUUUGUUCAACCAACGAGACCUUCACACUCACUUCCAAUGAACUUAUUGACUAUCUUUACAAACGUGGCUAUAAUCGCUAUUUCAUUCAACGGGAAAUACAACGAUUUAACAAUAUCACACGAACAGAAGCACUUACGCCCCAUGACACUUCCAUACUGGACAAACCAGAACGUGUUCCCUUCGUUAUCACCUACAACCCAGCCCUUCGUUCCAUCUCAUCCAGUAUUCGCAAACACUUUCACAUCCUUAUUUCAUCCCCUCGUUGCUAUAACGUCUUUAAAGCUGUACCCAUUGUAGAUUAUAGACGUAGUAGUAACCUCAGAGAUUUUCUAGUUAGGGCCAAACUUCGCAAUCUCACACAACACAACCAGCCCCGGGGCUCAUACCCGUGCGGAAAAAACUGUCUCACUGGUAAAUACAUAUCUGACGGACAAACUUCAUACAUUCUACUCUACAGGCGAAACCAGACCUAUAACUCAUCACAUUUAAUAAACAAGUAUUUUUCAGGAUAUGUGGAAAUGAAAUUCCGACCCGCAAUCAGCCUGGCCUACAACAAGUCGAAAAGCUCCCUGAUUGCUUAUGAACUUUUAAACUCUAAGGAGCUCUUCACUUUUCAGACUGUUAAUGUGAAUCAGGUCGAGAUUAUGGCUAAGAAGGUCUUGUGGUCCUUUUGCUCUAAAUGU